AGAAAACACACGAAGAAGAAAAUCUCUAAGUUUGGAUGCUCAGUCCGCUGCUACAGAACAAAGCAGGACUUGUGACAUUGACACAGACCUGCAAUUCUCCGCCCCCAGGGGAAAUACAAACCUUUCUCACAAGACUUCAGCAUUCUGUGGCUCAUCUGCUGCAUAACACCAUACUGUAGCAGUGGCAAGCUAACCAAUUAUGUUCAUCAUGAGAGAUCAGGUGGAUGUGAUUCAUGAUGAAGAACAGUACAUGCUGCAGACACCAGUGAAGAUUGACGUGAAGCAGGAGAUAAAAGAAGAAAACACAACGGAGGAACAACAGAGUGAUGAACAGCAGAUGCUGCAGACACCAGUGAAGAUUGAAGUGAAGGAGGAGAUAAAAGAAGAAAUCACAGCAGAGGAACAACAGAGUGAUGAAGAUGAUGAUGAACAGCAGAUGCUGCAGACACCAGUGAAGAUUGAAGUGAAGCAGCAGGAGAUAAAAGAAGAAAACACAGCAGAGGAACAACAGAGUGAUGAAGAUGAUUAUAGUCCUUCAGACCUUUCCAACAAUCAAAGCAGCUUCAACACUGACAGAGUGCCAGCAGUACGCCAAACCAGGCAGCAAAAAAGACGCAAACCCUCUCCAGCCUCUACAAGAGAAGAAGUGCUGGAACUGCCGAGAGACGUCCUACAGCUACAAAAGACAAAACUGCAAUUAGAGAUCGAAAAACUUAAAAAGGAGAAGGAAAAUCAAGACCUUUACAACAUCAUUCUUAAAAACAAACUUUUGCAGCUACAAAGUGAAGGGAAAAUAACAAUCACAUCAAUUGUCGAAUAAAUACAUUUUA